CAGCUUACAUAAACCCUUUUUCCGGAAGAGAGGGUUUUGUAUUGAUUUUUCCUUCGCUGUGUGGCCGUCACUUUUCUCGCGUCGCCCUUCAGCAGCCGUGACCGCCUCCGUCAACCUCUAUAUUUCCGUGUCAUCAUCUGGCUAUUUCUGAACAAGGAUCAUGGAGGAAAUUAAAAAAACGGGACUUGUCGAAACAAUAAAAAGAGAAGCUCCACAGCUAGCAACAGUGCUGAGAGAAAUGAAGGAAGGCCUAGAUGUGGUUAGGAGCAAAGUUGAGGCACUCACUGCAAAGGUAAAAUCAAACAGUUAUCCGACAGCGGAUGGGAUGAGUUAUCUCGAGGCGAAGCAUCUGUUACUUCUAAGUUAUUGCCAGUGUCUCGUCUAUUAUCUACUAAGGAAGGCAAAAGGAUACUCUAUUGAUGGCCAUCCUGUUGUAAGGAGCCUUGUAGAGAUACGAAUGUUUCUAGAAAAGAUUCGUCCCAUAGACAAAAAACUUCAGUACCAAAUCCAGAAGCUCACCACUGCCGGAGUGUCUGUGGCUGAACAAACCCUCUCUGAGGGAAAGGAAGCCCAAAAAUCUGAAGAUGUUUCUAAUUAUAAGCCCAAGCCAGAGUUGCUUGCUGAUAAAAUGGUGGAUGAACCAGAGGAUAACGUUUAUAGGCCUCCUAAGUUUGCUCCUAUGUCUAUGGAUGACAAGACGUCAAAACAGGAAAGAGAUGCUGCAAGAAAAGAGAAACAUUUCUUAAGACAAGCCACUGAAAAUACAUACAUGAAAGAUGUGUUGGACGACCUCGAGGGCCGGCCUGAAGAGAUCAUAGACACUUAUGGGGCUGAGAGCAAGGAACAGAGAAAGUUCAUGGCACGAUAUGAAAGGCAACAAGCGGUAGAAGAAGAACUCUUUGUCAGGGCUCCUCGUACUAAGGAGGAUAAGAAGAGAGAGAAGCGCUUGAAGUCACGCAAUGGGUUGCAUGGACUUGCUGAGAGUUUUGACGACGAGUUCAAGUUUUUGGAUGAAGAUGGUGAAAAAUCAUCAAGUUUUGGUGGUAGUGGCCGUAGAAGUGGGGGAAAAUCCAAGAGAAGAAAGACGAGGCAUUGAUAUGGAAGGUGACAAAUCACUAUGUUGCUGCUACACUGUCGUUUUGCUUUUGUGAUUGUAUUGAGAUUUUUUGUUUAAUAUUGAGAACACACAUAGUCAAGCACUUGCAGUAAUAUUCGGGAAGACCAUUUCUCUUUUGCUAUACUUAGCUUCGUUUCCAUUUAAAUAAGUGAUGUAACAAAAAAAUCUGAUUUGAAUUGAAUAAACAAUUCGCC